GGCAGGGUGCGCCCGGAGAGUCGCUCUGUUGGGGAGCCCAGUGGAGAGCGUCCUGGCCGAUAUAGGGGGGAGAGUGACUGGGCUCAGCAUGGCCGUGCCUGUCCCCCUCCCCCUCCCUCUCCUCCUGCUGGGGGUCUUUGCCGUCCCCGGGGGCUGUUCCUACCCAGGCCCGCACUCGCUACGCUAUUUCUACACGGCGGUGUCGGAGCCCGGCCCGGGGCUUCCCCAGUUCACCGUGGUCGGGUACCUGGACGACCAGCUCUUCUUCCAUUUCGACAGCGAGGUGAAGCAGGCCCAGCCUCGCGCCCCCUGGAUCCAGGCCGAGGGGCUCGAGUACUGGGACCGGCAGACCUGGAUCGCCAAGGGCUGGCAGGAGGCCUUCAACGGCAACGUCCGCAUCGCCAUGGAGCGCUACAACCAGAGCGGGGGCCUGCACGCCUUCCAGUACAUGUACGGCUGUGAGCUGCGGGCGGACGGUGGCACGGGGGGCUUCCGGCAGUACGGCUACAACGGGCGGGAUUUCCUCUCUUACGACACCCGCACCCACGCCUGGGUGGCUCCCAGCAAGGAGGCCGAGAUCACCAAGGGGAAGAUGGAGGCCGACAGGCACCUGAGCCAGCAGCAGCGGGACUAUCUGGAGCGGAAAUGCGUCGAGUGGCUGCAGAAAUACCUGGGCUACGGGAAGGAGACGCUGCAGAGGAGAGAGCACCCGGCCGUGCGGGUCACCAGCAGAGACGCCCCUGGCGGCCCCACCACCCUCUCCUGCCGGGCCCACGGCUUCUACCCCCGGGACAUUGCCGUGACCUGGCUGCGAAAGGGGGAGAGCAGAGAGCAGGAGACGUGGCGAGGGGGGGUCCUGCCCAAUGGGGACGGGACCUACCACACCUGGGCCACGGUGGAGAUCGACCCCCAGGAGAGAGACCUGUACAGCUGCCGUGUGGAGCACAAGAGCCUGGCCCAGCCACUCGACACUGCGUGGGAGCCCCCGUCCCGCACUGCCCCGCUCCCUGCGCUGAUUGGGGCCGUCGCUGGCGCUGCCCUGCUCGCUGGGACAGUCGGGUUUGUUCUCUGGAGGAGGCGGCGCUCAGGGAAAACCGGAGCCAUUGACACUCCAGCUCAGGGUGAGUGUGAGCCCUCCGCGCUGCUGGCAGCCGGCAACCGGGACUCCAGCUCCUCUCUGGAAGCCAGCGACAAAGAAUCCAGCAAAGGAUCCAGCAGGGGCAGUGACUCCGGGUGUGACACCGGCUCACUAGGGUCGGCGGCCACGGUGCGACUGGUGGGGGACACAACACAGCGGGAUCGCGCCCCACACGGCAUGGGGGGCCCAGGCAGCCUCCUCCUCCUCCCCCUCCUCCUGCUGGGGGGCGCCGAGUCACGGUCGCACUCCCUGCAGUACUUCCUGACGGCCGUCUCAGAGCCAGGCCCGGGGGUGCCCGAGUUCACCGUGGCCGGCUACGUGGACGGGCAGCGGUUCGUGGAGUACGACAGCGAGGCCCAGCAGAUGCGGCCCCGGGCGCCCUGGAUGCAGGAGACCGAGGUCUGGGAGCGGGAGAACCACGUCCACAAGGUGCGUCAGGCCUGCUUCCGGGGCAAGGUGCGGAGCCACAUGCACCUCUACAACCAGAGCAGGGGCUUCCACAUCUUCCAGUACGCCUACGGCUGCGAGAUCCGGGCGGACGGCAGCACCGGGGGCUUCCGGCGCUUUGGCUACGACGGGGACGACUUCCUGAUCUAUGACGACGCCCAGCACCGCUGGGAGGCUCCUGCCCGGGAGGCCGAGGCCACCCAGCGCCGGUGGAACGGGGACCCAGUCGCCCUGCAGUACUACCGCCACUUCCUGGAGCGGGAGUGCGUCGAGGCCCUGCGCCGCUACCUGCAGCUCGGGCAGGGGGCGCUGGCCAGGCGGGAGCGCCCGGCCGUGCGGGUCACUGGCAGAGACGCCCCCGGUGGCCCCACCACCCUCUCCUGCCGGGCCCACGGCUUCUACCCCCGGGACAUCACCCUGAGCUGGCUGAGACACGGGGGGAGCAGCGAGCAGGAGCCGCGGCGAGGGGGGGUCCUGCCCAAUGGGGACGGGACCUACCAUGCCUGGGCCACGGUGGAGGUUGACCCCCGGGAGAGAGGCCUGUACCGCUGCCGUGUGGAGCACGAGAGCCUCGCCGAGCCGCUCGUCGUCUUGUGGGCCCCUGUCCUGUCCCCGUCUCAGAGCCGCCGUGCGAGUCGCUGCUGGUCCCGGUGGUGGCAGGCGUGA